GUGUGGCUGGAAAAGUGUAGGAAUCGUGAGGGGCACGUAAUAAGGUUUUCUGGCUGAGAGUACAGCGGCAGCAGCACUAUGGCUGAGUGUAGUAACAAAAGUAUAGCGCGCGUUCGCUCCUCUCCGCGCUUCUGGCUGUGCGGAAAAUGUUCACAUGAGGUGCUCUACUGAAAUCAGUUGAUAGACGAUAUUUCAACUGGACGGAAGUUGUGCGCUUCUCUCGGCGCGACGAACACUUCUUCACGUUCUCGUGCUGCGGCUGAAAACAAAACUGUGCGAACGAAGAGAGAGAGAGAGAGUGACGUUGGUGCGAAUGAUAAUUAAAUUAAAAUAAUUUUAAAGAGAGUUUUCGAGUGUGUGAAUUUUGCUUCCGCCCGCGAGAGAGAAAGAGAGAGAGAAGCGAAUUCCUCCUUGGGGAGCUUUUUUGCCUUCUUUCACACCACUUCUUCUUCAUGCUAUUUUUUUUUUCUCUUUGCGCCCAUUGUAACACCUUAAAAAGUGUGGAUGAAUAAUACUUUGUGGUAAAUACACCUUUGUGUUGUUUUCUCGCACCCUCUGGUGAGAAAGGGAGUCGCGCGCGCGAGGUGGAUGAGCAAAAAGGGGUUCAUUCGCGAGGGGGUGGCGAAAAAAGAGAGCGCGCGCGAGAAAAGUUGGUUCAACAAGGAUUUCAAGUGCGAGAGGAGAUGAAAAAUCAAAAGCUGGAUGAUUUUUCAAUAUAAAACCCGAGUUUUUCGCUACGAAAAGCCCAGUCAAAAGCACGACGCGAGACAAAGUGGAAACUCCGUGGAAUGUGCCGGGGUUUUUUUCCCUCCUCCUCCUUUCAACCCCCUCUCGAAAUUUGUGUGAAACAACCAAAGAUUGAUGUGUGAUAGCAUUGAAUUUGAGUGAAUUCGCCACAGGAAGGACACGAGAAAUACAUCCAGUCGCAGAGUUGUCUUUGUGGACAUGAAACCGCGAAUUUAAUACCAUUUAUUGAGGACUUUCACGGCAGAGUUGCAAGUGUAAAAUUUCUCUCGUGCCGCACAGAAGAAAUGUGACAAGUUUUUCUUCGGUGCGCGCGAUGGAAAGGGCUUCAAAAUAUGUUGAUGGAGCGCAAAUGUUGACUCAAUGAAACUUGUACAAGAGUGGAGAUCGUCUGUGUGCAGAUUAUAUUGAGCUUCGCGAGGGUUGGAAGAGACGAGCAGUGAGAGUUUUUGCCAAGGAGGAGGAAAAAAGCGCGCCCAGACUUUGCUGAGAGGCAUUUUUCCAGAAGAAGAAAGAGAGAAUCGAGCGCGGAAAAAAUGGAGAUUGCAACGUCAACGCCAAUGCUGCGCUCGUAUUCUGUGGAUGCACAGAAGCGCGACUGGGGCAAGAGACUCUCGCUGCGUGGGAGCCGAAGGACGCGCGAGGAUACAACAGUCAGGAAAACGGGAUUCACGCGGCGCGCGGCGUCCCUGAAGCAGACGCGCACGGCUCAAGUGUCGCUGGAGCUGCAAGUGCCGCCCACGUCGUGGGCGCCCAUGGUGAACAGCGGCGCGCUGAAGAAGUCCAACUGGGAGGUGAUUGAGCACUUCAACACGGGCCCCAAGGGCCGCGGCUCCGUGAGCAGCAGCCUCAUCGCCAUCGGCGUGACCAAGUGCAACCUGGACGACUCGCUGGGCUCCAAUUUCUCCGGCUCCACGUGCAACAGCCCAAUGGCGAACAGAGAAGUUAAUCAACGAUUAUUACCCGCGGACGAGUCGCGGGAUCAGGAAGCGCUGUGCCGGAGCGAGAGCGGCGCAAGGACGUCAUUCUGGUAUCGGCUGAACAAGCUGAUCAUCCAGAUGUGCAGCAGUCACCAGUUCAAGAAUCUGCAGGUGGAGAUGCUCUAUCAGCGCUACUUCCUGCGGAUGAAUCAGAGCAACACGACACACAUUGUCGGCCUCCUGUUGGCACUCGUGCUAAUUCUCUCCGUCAUCCACAUCUUCCUCGCCUUCACGCCCUGGAGCGGCGCGAUUGACACCGCGAGACUCAACAGCUCCGCCAUCGAUGACGCCAAGAUGAUGCUCGACAUCAUGGAUGCCGAGCAGAUUCAUGUAAUUGAUGGCAACACUCUCGGCGCCGCACACAAGAACCUCACAGAGAGCAGAGGAGUGUCGAUGAGGGAACAAUUGCACAGAUUCACAGUGUGGCUCGAGGACACAACGGUGGCAAAUAACAUCUCGAGCAACGAGACGUUGGGCGCAAGUUGGCACGAGGCGGGAAAGUUUGCCGAGCACUUGGGAAAUUCGUCUGACCAAUUCACCAGCAUUUUGCCAUCGAUUAUUACCCUAAUUGCCUGUGCUGUAGUUUACAUCUUUCUCCUUAUUGCUCUGUCGAAGCCUGCAAUCAAUGAGGUAUUUUUAGUGUUAGUGUCUUAUGCCAUUAUCGCAACGUUCUUCGCAAUUGAAGUGUGUCUCUCCUUAACCAAUUACUACAGAGCGGCGGAGGGCGUGAAUGGGAGCACGCUGAUCUUCGUCUACUUGACUUAUGCGAUGCUGCCGGUGCGGCUGCGAGAGGCCAUCGUUGGCGGCUGCUUCCUCACGGCCACGCACAUCAUCAUUGACGCCUGUGUGAGCGCUCGGGAGUGGCACCAGCUGGCGUCCAGCGCCGUGGCGCUGCUCUGCAUCAACCUGGCCGGCGCCUACACGCACUGGCCGCGCGAGAAGGCGCAGCGCAAGGCCUUCCUGGAGACCCGGCAGUGCAUCGAGGCGCGCCUGCGGACGCAGCGCGAGAAUCAGCAGCAGGAGCGCCUGCUGCUGUCCGUGCUGCCGCGCCACGUGGCGAUGGAGAUGAAGGACGACAUUGCCGGACAGCCGCGCGAGGCGCAAUUCCACAAGAUCUACAUCCAGCGCCACGACAACGUGUCCAUCCUGUUCGCCGACAUCUGUGGCUUCACCAGCCUCUCGGAUCAGUGCACGGCCGAGGAGCUGGUGCGGCUGCUCAACGAGCUCUUCGCGCGCUUCGACCGCCUGGCCGCGGAGCACCACUGCCUGCGGAUCAAGCUGCUCGGCGACUGCUACUACUGCGUCUCCGGGCUGCCCGAGGCGCGCCCGGACCACGCGCACUGCGCCGUGGAAAUGGGACUCGACAUGAUCGACGCCAUCGCGCUCGUGCGCGAGGUGAUGGCCGUGAACGUGAACAUGCGGGUGGGCAUUCACACCGGGCGCGUGCACUGCGGCGUGCUGGGCCUGAAGAAGUGGCAAUUCGACGUGUGGUCCAACGACGUGACGCUGGCCAACCACAUGGAGAGCGGCGGCAUUCCGGGGCGCGUGCACAUCACCAAGGAGACGCUCAAGUGCCUGGACGGCGACUACGAGGUGGAGGAGGGCCGCGGCUGCGAGCGCAACGCGUAUCUCAAGGACCACCAGAUCGAGACGUUCCUCAUCGUGCCCGGCGACACGUAUCAGCAGCACAAGCGGCCAAAUCACUCGUUCUCCAUGAACGGCAACAUCUCGAAGGAGCUGCGCAUGAUGGGCCACGGCUCGCAGAAGAACACGUCGUCCAAGUACGAUCGCCUGGGCUUCGCCGACGUGCACGAGAUCAAGGAUCCCGAGGACGAGGUGAAUGACUAUCUGAUGCGCGCCAUCGACGCGCGGAGCAUCGAUCGGCUGCGCUCUGAGCACUGCAAACAUGUCCUGCUGACGUUCAAGAAGGCGGAAAUUGAGCAGAAGUACGCCAAAGAACCAGAUCGAAUGCUCAACAUUUACUUCUACUGCACUGUGAUAAUGUUUUCUGGAAUGAUUCUCAUCCAAUGGUUGAUCUUUCCUUUAAACAUAUACAAUUACAUUGUGAUGAGCUUUUUAUGGAGUUUCCUGCUUCUACUUUGUGGUGCUGUCGUGGCCAAAGACUACAAAUGGUGUCUAGUACGUUUAAAGUUGUUAUCCCGGCGAAUUCACAAGCAACGAGUCAUUGCACAGAUUCUGUCUUUCCUUGUGGUUUUCAUCGUCAAGUGUUUGGCUUAUUCCACCGUUAUUAUUGUAAAGGACGAAUUUAUCUGCCUGAACGAGACAAUCUCGAAGGACAUCAAGACGGAUUGCGGAGCCACAACCAUAACUAAUACAUUUCUCCUCCUCACGAUAAUCUCAAUGGUGACUUGUGCAGUUCACCAGAUUCUCAAGAUUGUGCUCAAGAUGUUUCUGCUCGUGUCACUGGCGCUGAUCUACAUUGUCACCAGCUUCUCGCAGAGUGUUCAGCUGGAGGAGAUUCUGGGCCUGAACAUCUCCUCGUCCAUCGAGGAUUCGCUCUUCAUCGUGAUCUUCGUGGUGGCGCUGAUUUUCCACAGCCACCAAGUCGAGGCCACGUACAGGCUGGACUUCCUGUGGAAGCUGCAGGCGACGGAGGAGAAGGAGGACAUGGAGCACCUGCAGGCGUACAACAGAAAACUCCUGGCCAACAUCCUUCCCGUUCACGUGGCGGAACACUUUCUCAGUCGUGACAAGAAUAUUGAUGAGCUGUAUCACGAGCAGUGCGAGAGCGUGUGCGUCCUGUUCGCGUCCAUUCCCAACUUCUCGGAAUUCUACGUGGAGCUCGAGGCCAACAACGAGGGCGUCGAGUGUCUCAGGCUGCUCAAUGAGAUCAUCGCGGACUUCGAUGAGUUGCUCGGCGAGGAGAGAUUCAGGUACAUUGAGAAGAUCAAGAGCACCGGCGCGACGUACAUGGCGGCGUCAGGGCUGACGGCCAACACGUGCGACAUGGUGAACUAUCGCCACGUGACGGCCAUGGCGGACUACGCGCUGCGGCUGCUGGAGCAGAUCAACGAGGUGAACGAGCACAGCUUCAACAACUUCCGCAUGCGCAUCGGCAUCAACAUUGGGCCCGUGGUGGCGGGCGUGAUUGGGGCGCGCAAGCCGCAGUACGACAUCUGGGGCAACGCCGUGAACGUGGCGAGUCGGAUGGACUCCACGGGACUGCUGGAUCACAUCCAGGUGACGCAGGAGGUGUACCAGAUCCUGCAGCCGCGCGGCUAUCCGCUGGAGUGUCGCGGCAGCGUGAAUGUGAAGGGGAAGGGCUCGAUGGUGACGUACUUCCUCGUGGGCUCGGCCAGGGCGGAUCUGGUGACCUUCGCCACGCCCGAGGGCAUCAAGCAGCAGCAGAGCUCCAGCACGACCACGUCUGAGGAUGUGGAGAAGGCGGACAAGGCGCCAGCACAGACGGGAGACAACCCGACGGCGCUGCGCCGCAAGAGUCUCUGUCGACAGAACGACAUUGUGCCAUACUUCAGCAUCUCGCUGAGUCCCAGCGUGUCCACGGGCAGCUGCAUCAGUGGGAUUCAGCCGAGCAGCGACUCUGGCAAUGCCGCGGAGUCGAAGGUGCUGAAGACCGCGGCGGACUUCAAGGGACACCGGCAGAGGGUGGAGAAGAGCGCCAUGCAGGACUCGAUUGAGAGUCUGGAGAAGCUGCUGAAGAGCGACAUUGGACUGGCCAAUCUGGGCGCCGUGAAGAUUCCGCCGCGUCACAAUGAGGAGAACAUCGUGCCGCAGGACAACUGCCUGUCCACGUCCUCCGAGACCGUGAUCAACGUCACGGAGGCGCGAAGCGACGCGCCGAAGGUGCUGAAGAACUCACACUCAAUGUAUCCAAUUGCGGCGGAGAAGACGCGCGGCGACACGAUGAGCACCAGCAAGAGUCUCAAUUUAUUGCCAUUCAUUGAUGUCAAUAGUGUUAAAGUGGUCUUGGAAGACAUCACCAAUUGUCGAAAUUAAGGCUCUGGAGAGAGAGAGAUUGAGAGAAGAGCGCAGGAAAUUCCGUGGUGAUAUUCAUAUCAAUGGCGAUGCCAAUAAAUUCCCAAUUUGUCGCAUCGCCCAAAAGUCUGUAUAUUUUAGCUGUUAUAGUCGCUAGGAUAAGAGAAAACCCAAGUAUUAUGGAAUUCAGUGCGUCUGUGUGCAAGUUUUGUGUAAUAUUUACCACAUUGUGUAUCAUUGUGUAGCUCAAAACUCUGGCCGCCGGCGGCGGUGGAGUGCAUUGCGCGUCCUCCGGCGCCACCGGCACACAUUGAUUAGCUUAAUUGUCUCUCUGGCACACAAUAACACUGAGGCUGGCAAGGAUUUAUCGCAGGUAAUUCCAGUGAGUGAAGGCUCUUUGGCAAAAUGCGAAGGCAAUUAGAUUGAAAUUUCAUCUUUCUGAUUUUCUGCGCACUUUCGCAGAUAGUUUGUGGUUUUUCCACAUUUCCCUUAAGCUUCUUUCAUUUUCCCUUCAGCCAGGAUUUGUCUUAAUUAGCAAAAUGAGGCUCUUUUGCACCGAAUUGAAGAGCGAUUAUUGGGAAAUUUGGGAUUGAAUGUUGGAAAAUGAUCAAUAGAAAUGUUUUUGAUUAUUUUCUAUGGCAAAAAGGUCAAAUUUGUCACAAUUUCAAUGGGUUUUUGCCUUGGUUUUUGCGGUUUUUGCUUGAAAUAAAUCAAAAUUUGCUAUCUUCUUCAUUUUUUCUUUAAAUUUUCCUUAUAUUUCCUUCCGAAUUUAGCCAAAAAUACACAGAAAAUCAUUCUGAUGAUUAAUUGUGCUUCAAAUUGAUGCAUAUUUGUCUCAUUCUGUGGCGGAAAAAUGGAGAAAACCGCGAAAAUAUUGUAUUUUUCCAGCUCAAAAUGAUUAAAUUCUCAAACAAUUCCUUUUUAUAAGAGUUUAUGAAUCGAAAACCGCUUAUUUUACUCAUAAAAUGAGCGUCUUUUCCCGAGAUUAAUCAAUAUGUAGUUGCGUGUGAGUCACACGCAACUUUCCUAUACAAAAUCAAUUCUUUUAUUGCUUUUAUCAGAAGAAAUCAUCUGUAUUUUGAGCCGUGCGAAUUGAAUUCGUGUUUUAAUAUUUCAAACGUCAACAUAGAAAUAAUAAAAGGGAUUUUUCGCUCAGCAAAAAGCUGGGAAAAAUCAAUUUUCUGCCCACAUUUGAGGCUUGUUGAGCUCGCUUGAAGAGAAGCCUUAAUGGAAAGACCAUCUGAUUCCGCCAGUGAAUUAAUCGUGUUUCUGCUGUAUAAAGUCAAGCUUCUUAUUGUUUCAUAAAGACGAGAGAGAGAGAGAGAGUGAAUGGAUGGGGAAAAAAGUGAAUGAAGCAGAAUGUUUGCUCCACAAGUACACACUCGACGGUGAGCUGGAGCAUUUUGCGUUCUGUGUGCAAGAGUGGCUCUGCGCUCUCGAGGAAGUCGCAUUCACCGGGAGACUUUAUCAAUUUAUGGACAGAUGAAGCUCCAAUAUGUCUGUGAAAAGAAUGUCAAGUGUGUGAUGAAUUCUGAGAAACUGUAUAUGGAAAAAUUCGCUGCACAGCGUGAAGGAAAAAUCCCAGAAAAAGCAUCAGUGGAAAAGUGGGACCAUUUCUCUUCCAAAAAGAAUUGACGAAAAGAUUUGUUGUUGUCGUUGUUCAGCCUUCCCCAGAAAAAUAUAAUGAAAAAAAACCCUUCCAAGAUGUAAUUGCAAAACAGGGAAAUUCACUCAUAUAGAAUCAUUUUAACCACUGCACAAAAGAGUAAAAAAAUGUGUCGCAUAAUCAAAUGUGUGAGUAAAAUAUAGGCAAGAAGAAAAAAAAAACUGUUGGACUAAUCAAAAAAUAUCACACGUAUUUUCGUAAAGAAAAGGAAAGA